GGCAAUGCAGUAGUUAUAAAAGCUGUUUGCAUCGUCCACUUCUUUGUUUUUUAGAAUCUAUAUCUAAAAGAAACACAGCGCAGCUACGCGCGACUAUUGUGUUUCAAAACCCUCACUCACUCAUCGUCUUUCUCUUCUACCAUGAAGCUCGUCAGGUUUCUAAUGAAGCUGAACAACGAAACCGUUUCGAUUGAGCUUAAGAAUGGCACUGUCGUUCACGGCACCAUUACAGGUGUUGAUAUCAGUAUGAAUACACAUUUAAAAACAGUUAAACUAACUCUGAAAGGGAAAAACCCAGUUACUUUGGAUCAUCUGAGUGUGAGAGGCAACAACAUUCGUUAUUAUAUCCUUCCUGAUAGCUUGAAUCUUGAGACAUUACUGGUUGAAGAGGCUCCUAGGAUCAAGCCUAAGAAGCCAACUGCUGGGAAGCCUUUGGGGCGAGGUCGAGGACGAGGGCGUGGACGUGGACGUGGUCGUGGCCGUUAAAUUGCAAAUUAACAGAAUUUGUGGCCUUUGGUUGUACCUUUAUUGUAGGAAAUUUUUCUAAUGAGUUUAAAGACGUUGUAGAAGUGAUGUUGACCAGUUAAGUUAGUCAUGCGGACUUUGUUCAUGUUCCCAUUUUCUUGCAUCAAUGCUUUGAAGUUCCCUUGUAUAAUUCUCCCUGUUGGAUCAUUGUCAUAUUUCAACUGAUAAUUUGCUGCUUACAUAUGUGUAGUUUUAUGUGGGCAA